AGGACGCGUCAAGUCGGAGCAAUUUUGACCUCGUCCACGGGAUGUUCCGAAUUGGAGAGGACCCGCCUUACUGGGCGAAAAAGGAAUUGUACAUCGAGAGGGCCCGAGUGUGGAAGACCUCCACGAUGAUAUACGGAGCAGCCUUAUUUUUUGGGAUGCUAUAUUUCACCGACUGGAAAGCGGUCUGCCAAUACAUCCCUUACUACAACGGGAAGUUCCAGCGAGGUAACCCACGAAGAUAUUCCCUCGAACCAGUACGUUAGAACCGCAGAAGUGGUUGAACGACAAUUAUAUGCUCCCUAUCCUACUCGAUAGUAAAAAUUAUAUUAAUAUUCCUCCAAGAGCCCCAGCAAUGGCUUUGAUACAUUUACCGGAACACUUCUCGCCUCGAACGGCAAAUAUGUUGAAAUAUCAAAAUAAUAAAUUAAA